AUGGCUUCACACACCUUCCCCUCGACCACCUCCCUCUCUCAGACGUUCGCUCUGGCUCUGGUAGCCAGCACAUUUGCUCCCCUUACCCUCGCCCAGAAUCUAGGAACCGAUGCCCCCGCCAACGGAACAGAUCCCUCGCCGGCCAGCAGCGGGGACGCGGCGGCUGAGAACGCUGCCGGAGCAGCAGGGGCUGAGAACAGCGGUCUGUCCAAGACGAGCCAGACCAUUAUCGGGGUUGUCGUGGGGGUUGUUGUUCUGGUAGCAAUCAUCGCUGCAAUCCUGUUCUUCCUCGCCAAGAAGCGACAAUGGGACCGACAAGCGAAACGCUACGAAGCUAUGAAUGCUUAUCGCUCGUCAGCCAAAUACCAUAAUGCCAGGGCUGGUCGAUACCACGAAUUGUCCCUAAGACAGCACCGACGAUGGGCUGGCGCGUCCGUGGUGGCCGACAGUCCCGAGACAAGCGCGGUGAAGAAGAGCCCGCCGGUCGAGCCUCUCCUGCCCGUGUACGAUCCAUCGACGUACCAUCGACAUCAGCUGAGUUCGGGAUAUGGAUAUGGCUAUGAUCGGGCAACAACAACAACAUCUGCUGCUGCUGCUGCUGCUGCUGCUGCUGCUAUGCCGUCAAAUCAACCUCACUACUCGGACACAACCACCACUACGACUCCCACUGCUGCUGCUACUACCACCACCAGCAGUGUCGCACCACCACCUUAUUCUUCACACAUGACGAACUCUGGAUCUAGUAACGGUAGCUCGGAAACACAGUCUCCUCCACCUGCUGUCGAAUCGGGCUCAGGCUCAGAUUCAGGCCCUCGACCGCCACGACGUCCGAAGCCUGUUCUUGCGCGGCUGAUCACUGAUCUAUAA